AUGGUCGCCAGCAAGAGUGCGCCGCCGUCACCAGACGACGUGGCUGCCCUUUCCGCCACAAUCUACACCUCCAAAACCUCGCAGGAGUCACUGGACGCCUCAUACGCAAUGACGGACAUCAUGCUCAACAGUGUCGGUGUUCGCGGUCUUUCACAGUACAACUUGAUUGCCGAUGCGCUCAAAUUUGCCUCGGACAAGAAAAACCCUGGCCGAAGGGAGGGUGCCAUGUUCGCCCUCGGUGCUAUCUUUGAGCGCUUUCCACCCAAGGCGCGCCUCAGCGAGGUUGUCUUCCUUCUCCAGGAGGAAACUCUAUUCCCGUGCGUCUUGGACGCACUAGCCGACCGAGGAGCCGCUGUCAAGGAGGGUGCUCGUUACGCUAUUGAUGCUCUUUACGGUCACUUGUCCUCCGAGGCCAAAGUCUACGGCCUGCUUCCCCUCCUCAUGACAUAUUUGCGCAAGAAGACGGGAAAAUGGCAGGGUACCGUCGGUGCUUUCGAGCUUAUCGGACGCAUGGCCGACGAUGCCAAGAUUGGAAUGGAAAGCAAGGAGAUUGAGGAGAACAAGGACCUGCUACGUGAAGCACUGGGCAAGCAUUUGGCCACGAUGAUCCCAAUCGUCGAGGGCGGUAUGCACGACCUCAAGUCCGAGGUCUCCAAGCAGUCGCACAAGACCAUGAACAGUCUCACAGGCCUGCUCCAGAACGACGAUGUGGCACCACGCAUUCCGCUUCUGAUAAAGAGCAUGGAGGACCCAAGUGAAGAUGCGCAGAGAAAAGCGAUUCACGCGCUCAGUCAGACGACCUUCGUGACUGUUGUCACAUCUCCAGUGCUUGCACUCCUCACACCACUUUUGGAGCGCGCUCUCAACACCCCCACCACUCCUCAGGAGGUUCUCAGACAGACUCUUGUUGUCGUAGAGAACUUGACCAAGCUUGUGCACGAUCCAGUCGAAGCACGAGCUUUCUUGCCAAAGCUCAAGCCUGGUGUACAGUCUGUUCGCGAUCGUGCAUCCCUCCCCGAAGUGCGCGAGAUCGGUCAAAGAGCUCUGGAUGUUAUUCUGAAGGCGAUUGGUGAGGUUACGAACGGCGCCGAUGACCGCUCCCACCAGCCAAUUGAGCGAACCAGCGCCGACGAGGUCGCUGCCCUACUUGAGAAGGAGAUCAAGAAGAACGGAGGCAUGCUCAACUACCCUGGCGAUUCAGAACUGUGGCCACACGCCAAGAAGUUCAUUUCGGACAGCGUUGCUGAAGAUGCCAACCAGCGUGCUUUGACCCGCAUUGUCCGCAAUGUUGAGCCCUACCUCCAGCCUCUGCUGGAUGACGGCAAGGCAGCACUCGUUGCCCAGGCCUUGCUCGAGUUCUACACAUCUGAGGAUGCUCGCAAGUUUGGUGUGCCCGAGAAGGAAGACGACGGCGAGGUCGAGAUUGUUAAUGCCAACUUCUCCCUCGGAUACGGAGGCAUGCUGCUGCUUUCCCACACAAACCUGCGUCUGCUCAAGGGCCACAGAUAUGGUCUUUGUGGCCGCAACGGUGCUGGAAAGUCUACCCUGAUGCGCUCCAUCGCCACCGGCAAGCUUGACGGUUUCCCAUCUCAGGAUGAGGUCAAGACCUGCUUCGUUGAGCACAACCAGGGAGAAGACGCCGAGAUUACUAUUCUUGACUACUGCCUUAAGGAUGAAGCAAUCAAGAGCGAAGGUCGUGAGCGUAUUUCUGCUGUCCUGGAGGAGGUCGGCUUCAGCUCUGGACCUGAUGGUCGUCAAGAGCAAAAGGUCGGCAGUCUUUCUGGUGGAUGGAAGAUGAAGCUCGCUCUCGCCAGAGCCAUGUUGAUGCGUGCUGAUGUCUUCCUGCUCGACGAACCCACCAACCAUUUGGAUGUUGCCAACGUCAAGUGGCUCCAAGAGUACCUGAAGACCCACACCGACAUCAGCUCUCUGAUUGUAUCUCACGACUCCGCUUUCUUGGAUGAGGUCUGCACAGACAUUUACAACUACGAAAACAAGAAGCUGGUCCACUACAAGGGUAACCUCGCCGAUCUGGUCAAGGUUCGCCCAGAAGCCAAGAGCUACUACACCCUCAGUGACUCUCAGGUUCAGUUCAGAUUCCCUCCCCCUGGAAUCCUCACUGGUGUCAAGUCCAACACUCGUUCCAUCCUCCGCAUGACCAACUGCACAUUCACAUAUCCUGGUGCCACGAAGCCCAACUUGCAUGAAGUCAGUGGUGCCCUUACUCUCAGCAGUCGUGUGGCAAUCAUCGGACCCAACGGUGCUGGUAAAUCCACCCUCAUCAAGGUCCUCACCGGCGAGACCAUUCCUCAGACUGGUCGUGUCGAGAAGCACCCCAACUUGCGUAUUGGCUACAUCAAGCAGCACGCGCUUGAACACGUUGAGAUGCAUCUUGAGAAGACACCCAACCAGUACCUUCAGUGGCGUUAUGCCAACGGUGAUGACCGUGAAGUGCUCAUGAAGCAGACCCGUGUCCUCACUCCAGAGGACAAGGCACAGAUGGACAAGUUCAUCCAGAUUGGAGACGGCAAGGGCGCUCGUCAGAUCGAGGCUCUGAUCGGUCGUCAGAAGUACAAGAAGAGUUACCAGUACGAGGUCAAGUGGGUGAACGAGCUUCCAAAGAACAACACCAUGGUUUCUCGUGAGACGCUUGUUGAGCUUGGCUACCAGAAGCUCAUUCAAGAGUUUGACGACCACGAGGCCAGUAGAGAAGGUCUUGGUUUCCGUACACUGGAGCCGAAGGUCAUCUCCAAGCACUUUGAGGAUAUCGGCCUGGAUCCCGAGAUUGCCAACMAUAACGAGAUUAGCGGCCUGUCUGGUGGACAAAAGGUCAAGGUUGUGCUUGCUGGUGCUAUGUGGAACAACCCGCAUUUGCUCGUUCUUGAUGAGCCUACCAACUUCUUGGACAGAGAUUCUCUCGGAGGUCUCGCUGUCGCCAUUCGCGACUACAAGGGAGGUGUUGUCAUGAUCUCCCACAACGAAGAGUUCGUCGGUGCUCUCUGCCCUGAGCAGUGGCACGUCAACGAUGGUCGCCUGACACAAAAGGGUCACCUCGCUGUGUCUCUCGACCGUUUCGAGGACUCGCGCCCCGGUUCCUCUCUUGCAUCUUCUGCAGCUCCUAGCACGGCUGCAAGCUCUGCCGCCCCAUCUGCCAAUGGUACUCCCAUGGGUUCUGGUGCACAGAGUGAAGCCGAGGAUGGUGGCGAUCUCAAGUUCCGUGCUCGCAAGAAGAAGACGAAGCUCACACGUGCCGAGAAGAAGGAGCAGGAAGUUCGCCGACGUCUGAGACACAUCGAGUGGCUCAACAGCCCCAAGGGUACACCUCACCCUCCGGACUCUGACGCCGAGGAGUAA